AUGGCUACUGGCAUAGGAACCAAGCACAACAUAACAACUAACGCUACCAUAGUAGAAUGUAAAAUACGAAACUUUUAUCUAGAAAAGUAUGAAAAAGUCCAUCAUUUUGGGGAGGAGGAUGAUGAGGUACAACCAGGCAAUCCAAAGCCACAACUUCCUAUUGGUGCAAUUCCAACUUCCUAUAACUACCAGCAACACAGUGUGUCAGAUUAUCUUCGUCAAAGCUAUGGGCUGUCUAUGGACUUAAACUCACCAAAUGACUAUAAUAAAUUGGUGCUUUCACUGUUAUCUGGACUCCCAAAUGAAGUGGACUUUGCAAUUAAUGUAUGUACUCUUCUUUCAAACGAAAGCAAGCAUGUUAUGCAGCUUGAAAAGGAUCCUAAAAUCAUCACUUUACUACUUGCAAAUGCUGGGGUGUUUGAUGACACUUUAGGAUCAUUUUCUGCUGUAUUUGGAGAAGAAUGGAAGGAGAAAACUGAUAGAGAUUUUGUUAAGUUUUGGAAGGAUAUUGUUGAGGAUAUUGAAGUUCGUGAUCUAAUUUCUGACAGAAGCAAAUCUCAAGAUAUUCCUUCGGAAGAAUGGAUUUGGGAAUCCUUAUUCCAUCCACCCCGCAAAUUGGGCAUUAAUGAUAUUGAAGGACAGCGGGUACUUCAGAUCGCAGUGAUUUUACGUAAUCUUUCUUUUGAAGAGGGAAAUGUUAAACUUUUGGCAGCUAAUCGUACUUGUCUUCGGUUCCUGCUACUCUCUGCUCAUAGUCACUUUAUUUCUCUACGGCAGUUGGGUCUUGACACGCUGGGAAAUAUUGCAGCAGAGCUUCUUUUGGAUCCUGUUGAUUUCAAAACUACUCAUCUAAUGUUUCACACUGUUACAAAAUGCCUCAUGUCAAGGGAUAGAUUUUUAAAAAUGAGAGGUAUGGAAAUCUUGGCAAAUCUUUGUAAGGCUGAAGAUAAUGGUGUCUUAAUUUGUGAAUAUGUGGAUCAAGAAUCCUAUAAAGAGAUCAUAUGUCAUCUCACGCUACCAGAUGUGCUGCUUGUAAUCUCAGCACUUGAGGUGCUAUACAUGCUCACGGAAAUGGGAGAAGUGGCCUGCUCAAAGAUUGCUAAAGUAGAGAAGAGCAUAGAUACAUUAGUAUGUCUGGUUUCUAUGGACAUCCAGAUGUUUGGACCUGAUGCACUUACUGCUGUAAAACUCAUUGAACAUCAGUGUGUUAGCCAGCAAGGAGUACUUGAUGUCAGACCACAAGUAAUGGACCAUGGUUCUUCACAGGCCCAUGCAACAGGUGUCCCAGCCUCUAGGACAGCACCACAUGUUGCUCCACCACCAGGAAUAGUAGAAAUAGACAGCGAGAAAUUUGCAUGUCAGUGGUUGAACGCACAUUUUGAAGUGAAUCUUGAUUGCUCAGUCUCUCGAGCAGAAAUGUACUCUGAAUACCUCUCCACCUGCAGUAAAUUAGCUCGAGGUGGGAUCCUAACAUCAACUGGAUUUUAUAAAUGUCUGCGAACUGUCUUUCCAAAUCAUACAGUGAAGAGAGUAGAAGAUCCAGGUAACAAUGGUCAAGCACAUAUACAUGUGGUAGGAGUGAAAAGGAGAGCUAUACCACUUCCCAUUCAGAUGUACUAUCAGCAGCAACCAACUUCGUCUACCCCAGUUGUCCGGGUUGAUUCAAUUCCUGAUGUGUCUUCGUCUCCUUCGCCAGCAGGAAUCCCGCAUGGGCUACCAAGCGUAGGAAAUCACUAUCAGAGGACCCCUAUUAACCAGUCUUCAACUUUGACAGCAACACAGAUGUCUUUUCCAAUUCAAGGUGUUCAUACUGUGGCACAGACUGUUUCUAGAAUUCCACAAAAUCCUUCUAUUCAUACACAGCAGCAACAAAAUGCUCCAGUGACUGUUAUACAGAAUAAAGGUCCAAUAUCCUGUGAAGUAGUGAAGGCCACAGUAAUACAGAGCUCUGUUCCCCAGUCUGCAGUUCCUGUUACUAUUGCUGUAGGAGGAGCACCACAAGCUUCUAAUCAAAAUCACAGCACUACAGGACAACAGCCGUCUGUUACAGUCGUUAGUUCUCAGACAUUGCUUCACCACCAACCUGUAAUUCAACAGCAGUCUCCACUGCAUGCAGUGGUACCAGGACAGAUACCUUCAGGCACUCCUGUUACAGUAAUUCAGCAAGCUGUACCUCAGGGUCAUAUAUUUGGCAGAGUACAAAACAUACCAGCAUGCAGUUCAGCAGUUUCACAGGGUCAACAGCUAAUCAGCACAUCAUCACAGCCUGGGCAGACGUCAUCUCAGCAGUCCUCUGCUGGUAACCAGCAACAAGAUACGGUCAUCAUAGCACCACAGCAGUACGUUACAACCUCUGCAUCUAACAUUGCUUCUGCCACCACCGUUCAAAAUUUCCAAGUAGCAGCUGGGCAGGUGGUUACAAUCGCAGGUGUCCAAAACCCACCAACAUCUAGGGUAGGGUUUCAGAAUAUUGCACCGAAGCCUCUGCCGUCUCAGCAAGUUCCACCUGCCGUGGUACAGCAGCCGAUGCAGCCACAGCAGCAGCCUCCACCACCAUCCCAGCAAAGUGUAGUGAUUGUAAGCCAGCCAGCUCAGCAAGGUCAAACGUAUGCACCAGCCAUUCAUCAAAUAGUGCUUGCUAACCCAGCUUCUAUUCCUGCUGGUCAAACUGUCCAGUUGACUGGACAGCCAAGCAUUACUCCAUCUUCUUCACCAUCCCCAGGUCCGGUUACAAAUAAUCAAGUUCCUACAGUUAUGUCCUCUUCAUCUACCACUCCUCAGUCACAAGGACCCCCUCCUACUGUCAGCCAGAUGCUUUCUGUAAAGAGGCAGCAGCAGCAGCAACAUUCACCAGCAUCAUCGCAGCAGCAGGUACAGGUACAACAACCGAUACAAAUGCAAGUUCAGUCACAACAAGCUAAUACAGGAGUUGGCCAGCCUAACUCUGGUGAGUCUAGUCUGAUAAAACAACUACUUCUUCCAAAAAGAGGCCCCUCAACGCCAGGGGGGAAGCUUAUACUCCCAGCUCCCCAGAUUCCCCCACCUAACAAUGCAAGAGCUCCUAGCCCUCAGGUGGUUUAUCAGAUGGCCAAUAACCAGGCACCAGGUUUUGGAGUUCAAGGACAGUCCCCAGCCCAGCAGCUGCUGGUUGGACAGCAAAAUGUUCAGCUGGUCCCGGGUGCAAUCCAGCCCCAAGGGGCCGUACAAACAGUACCCAUUUCUAAUUUACAGAUAUUGCCAGGCCAGUUGAUCUCAAACAGCCCAGCGACUAUUUUCCAAGGGACUACUGGCAACCAGGUUACGAUAACAGUUGUGCCAAAUACGAGUUUUGCUACUGCAACUGUGAGUCAGGGAAAUGCAACUCAGAUCAUUGCUCCAGCAGGAAUUGCAGUGAGUGGAGCACAGACAGGAGUUGGGCUACAGGUGCAAACACUUCCACCUACUCAAGCACCUUCAGCUGGACAAUCACCAUGUACUGCUGCUCCCCCAUUCAAGGGUGAUAAAAUAAUUUGCCAAAAGGAGGAAGAAGCAAAGGAAGCAACAGGUUUACACAUUCAUGAACGUAAAAUUGAAGUUAUGGAGAAUCCUUCCUGCCGAAGAGGAGCUGCAAACACCAGCAAUGGGGAUGCAAAAGAAAAUGAAAUGCAGGUGGGAAGUCUUUUAAAUGGGAGAAAGUAUAGUGACUCCAGUCUACCUCCUUCUAACUCAGGGAAAACUCAGAAUGAGGCCAAUCAGUGCUCACAAGUCAGUAAUGGGCCAUCAUUAGAAAUGGGUGAGAACGGAGCUCCUGGAAAGCAGAACUUUGAACAAAUGGACACACAGGAAAUUAAAAGUGAUUUGAAGAAGCCCCUAGUUAAUGGAAUCUGUGAUUUUGAUAAAGCAGAUGGUUCUCAUUUGAGCAAAAACAUUCCAAAUCACAAAACUUCCAAUCACGUAGGAAAUGGUGAGAUAUCUUCAGUGGAACAACAAGGGAAUUUGGAAGCCACGCAGCAAGAUACUGCCAAAGGUGAUCAAGGGGAAAGAAUUUCUAAUGGGCCUGUAUUAACUUUGAGUAGUUCACCUGUUGUAAGCGGUACACAGGAGGCUGCAAAACUGUUAACCCAGCAACUUAGUGGUACCAACACUGAUUUACCUAAUGGACCUCUAGCUUCAAGUUUGAAUUCAGAUGUGCCUCAGCAACGCCCAAGUGUAGUUGUCUCACCGCAAUCUACAGCCUCUGUUAUACAGGGGCAUCAAAUCCUAGCAGUUCCACACUCAGGACCUAGAGUGUCCCAGUCUACCCUGUCAUCCGAAGUUCGGUCUACUAAUGGCACAGCAGAAUGCAAAACUGUAAAGAGGCCAGCAGAGGAUAAUGACAGGGAAACUGUUCCAGGAAUUCCAAAUAAAGUAGGAGUUAGAAUUGUUACAAUCAGUGACCCCAACAAUGCUGGUUGCAGUGCAACUAUGGUUGCUGUGCCAGCUGGAGCGGAUCCAAGCACUGUAGCGAAAGUAGCAAUAGAAAGUGCUGUUCAACAAAAGCAGCAGCAUCCAACCACGUAUAUACAAAGCAUGGUCACACAG